UUGGCUAUUUUCUUCCGAGCCCAGCAUCGAACAACCAUGAGCAACCAGCCUUCGUCCAUGCGCCAGUACCGCCUUCACUCAUCCAGCAACAGCACCACCACCAUGUGCAGCGCAUCUGUCGAAGCUGCUCGCCCUCGGUCCAUGUUUAUCAAGAAGUGGAGCUACUCGACGCCGACGGAAGCGCAGCAGCGGUGGUCCUUCAUCGAGUUUACGAUCCUUGUCACUGACACCAACCCCACCUCAUACAAAGAUCCGACCGUAUAUGAAAUACAGCGACGAUUCUCGCAGUUCCACGCCCUGCACAAAGCCCUUCGGGACCAAGGCUUUGCACUCCCGGACAUGCCCACGUUUGACGUGUGGACGAAUGUGCUCAUCAAACUCGUGCCUGAUCAGGCGCUGCGAGACCGGCAGGCCCAGCUUCAGUACGUGCUGGACUGCAUCAGUGGUUCCGUAGCCAUGCAGGCCACAACCGCGUACAAGGCCUUUGUGGGGGCGCCUGACAUGAAGUGGAGGUACACUUCACUUAGCGAUAUUCGCAUCCUCCCGGGGAAGGGCUCGAUGACGUUGGCCCGCGAAGGCUGUGCGUAAUCUUCGUCAAGGCAUGUAGUAGUGCGUAAAUUAUGAAUAACUUAAAAACUAUCGCCACGCGAGAGCAUAGGACGCCAGGAUCAACCAAUUUUGGAGUACUUGGAAAUAUCUGGUCUUGCCCUCUUGGCUAAUUCCAA